AUGGACCUCAACUUUUGAAGUACACCAGAUUAUAAACAAAACUCCGUGGUAUUUGCAAACCAUGGGCAAUUAGAUUUUCUCUUGCAUACAUGAGUUACAAUUUUUUGGCCUACCCUCUAUAAUGAGGACAAUAGCAUGUGAUCUCUUACAUGCCUUUGUCUCCUAAUAUGUCCCAUCUGAUAGCCUUCCUCCACCAAUCAUUCAAGUAGCUACAUGUUUAUAACAUAUCCUUCCAUCUAUAUAAAUAUUCAUGGUUGCAAGCAUUUAGGACCAACACAAUUCAUUCACAUCCUCAAGCAAUAAGAAACUCAAAAGCUUGUAUCUUAUUUACAAGUCAUUUCUAAGACUAAUCUUUCAUCAACACAUACAAAAAUGGGUUUUCGUUUAGCUGGUAUCAGAAGAAAGCUAUCAUUUAAUUCAAACCAAGCAUCUUCAAAGGCUUUGGAAGUCCCAAAAGGCUAUCUUGCUGUCUAUGUUGGAGAGAAUAUGAAGCGGUUCGUGAUUCCCAUUUCGUAUUUGAACCAGACAUCAUUUCAAGAAUUACUAAGCCAAGCAGAAGAAGAAUUCGGAUAUGAUCAUCCAAUGGGUGGUCUCACUAUUCCAUGCAGUGAGGAAACCUUCUUGGACCUCACUUCUUGCUUCAACUGACUAUAAGUAAUUCCAAAGGAGACUGACAUAGAUUGGUUGAGACACAAUUUUGUAGUGGAAACUAGUAGCUAUCAUCUUACUGAGAUGUCAAGGAUGUAAAUAUAUAUCAGAUUUUUUUUGCAAUUUCAAUGAAUUUAUAAACUUCGUCACUAAUUACUUAUAGAUUCAAUUUAUUUGGUAUAUUCUCUUCAAUUAUGUUUAUUCCUUUGUUGUGUUGCCACUACUGUGGUAUUAAAAAAUUGUCUAUUAAUUUAUAAAGAAAUGCUGCAGAAUUUUACUUUCUAAAACACAUAAGCACUCCACCAUGAGAGAAGCAUAUGGUUAAA